CGAAGUUGCUCAAGUCUCCCGUCUCUUGUCUCCAGAAGACACAAACUGCUCUGUCUAAACCAAAGCUUGAAAGUACGUCUUGGGGAACCCUUUAGGUGCCAUCUUUCAGAUUUUGAAAAAAAAAACCCCGACAAAAAAACGUUCUGCAACUCCUUUAAAUACUUGAGUAUUCCUGGGUCAGAAGCGUUUAAAAGCGCAGCUAAACGACAAGCUGGAAAAGCCACUACAAGACCUGAUGACUUCUUACUUCUGCAGGCAGCUGGGUUAGCAGGUGGGCGAAUCAGGUCCAGUCUGGAUGGGAGCUCACCAGAUUCUCUCGCACCCAAGGAAGUGAACCCCCUCCCUAGACGUGUGCUGCUCAGGCCUGCACCCCAACACUACUCUCCACCUGACCAUACUGCCCUUCUUGUUGUGGGAGGACGGACUGUGUCUCGGGAGGCGGAGAAUGGACCCCAUAGAAGAGCCAGGCACCGUGAGUGAAACACCUAAGAAAGGGUCGAAAAGCAAAGCUACGUUCACCUGUGACAUCUGUGGAAAAUCUUACAAGUAUCUCAGAAGUUACGUGAAGCACCAAGAAGAGCAUAAAAUAAGAGGAAGCGCAUCAGACAAGCCAGGAGCACAGUCAACACCUGCCAGAAUUCCAGUGGUGAAAAGUGGAAAGCGAGGUCUCAAGAGCCAGCCGUGUGCUAAGCUGUCCAGAGAAAGCAAGAAAGAAUAUAGAAACACCGUCAAGCCCAGCAAGAUUAAUUAUCACGAACGUGCCAGUGGAUCAUCUGAAAUGCCCACAUCUGGCCUUGCCAUCACACAUCACACAGCAGAAAAUGUACAGAUGAAAGAGGUGGAGAUUGAAGCAGCUGCAAGUUGUAGCAACAGCCUAGUUUAUACCUCUUACACUAAUGGCGAUGAGAACCCUGAGCCCAUCGAGUCUGAUGGCAUGAUUAAGAUAACGAAAGUAUGGUCUCUAGCCAUAUCCCAGGCGGAGUUCUUGCGGAUGUUAGAAGCAGAAGAGAAAGAGCUGGCAGAUCUGUGUUCUGAAAGCACAGGAGACAAAGAGCUCUAAGUAUUUUUUUUACCACUAGUCGUCACUUGGGAAUGCAAGUCAGUCAGUCAACAAUUUGGACUCCCUCCUCAUCUUGAUCCAUUUUGGCUUUUGCGGAAGCACUUGGCUUUUUAAUGUAAAGCACAUAGAACGCCCCUUUGCCUUGUGUAAUAAAUAAGAAAUGAAGGCUU